AUGUACAACCUCGAAUGGAAGGCCAUUGCAGGCCAGGCACUCACCAUCCUGGCUCUAUCCGCCUUCGUCGUCUUCCUGUACAAACUGGUGAAGAUGCGAAUGAUCUUCUACCGACUAAAGAAACAGGGCCUGCCAAUGCCAACAUGGGAUUUCGUCGCUGGUCACCUCAAGGUCCUCCCCGAGCUCCUGAAGCAGCUUCCCAAGGGCUCGCAACAGUCAGACGCCUUCACUAUCCUCUCGCGGAACUUCCCCGAGACCGACUCCUGCUUCUACAUCGACCUCUGGCCCUUCACCAUGCCCCUGCUGGUCGUGACCUCGCCCGACCUGGCCGUCCAGGCCUGCCAGACCUACGCACUGCCCAAACCGGAUAUUCUCAACGCGUUCGUGGACCCAUUGGCUGGCGGCCCGACCAUGUUCACGCAGAACGGGCCCGAGUGGAAGCGAUCGCGCGAUCUCUUCAACAAUCGCUUCAGCACGAAUGUGCUGAUGAAACUGGCGCCGAAGAUCGUCAAGGAGGCCGAGGUGUAUGUUGACGUUCUGCGCGAGCACGCGAGGAAAGGCGAUAUGUUCUUCCUCGAUAAGAUCACUUGCGAUUAUGUGAUGGAUAUCAUCGGCGUUCUGACCCUAAACGCCCGUCUCCAAUCCCAACGCCAACACAACCCCCUCGCCGCCGCCAUGCGCAGCUCCAUCGAAUGGCACUGUCAAGACGAAGAACUGAACCCCUUCAAGCGCUGGAACCCCAUGCGUCCCCUCAUCGAAUGGCACAACGGACGCACCAUGAACCGCUACAUCGGACAAGAGCUCGAAAAGCGCUACGAGGAAUGGAAGCGUAGCGACAACCCCGUCGAAGUCGGCUCCAUCAUGGACCUCGUGAUCGCAGAGUCCAUGAAGAAAAAGCAGGACACUGCCUCACACCUCGACCCGGCCUUCAAAACCUGGGCAACGCAACACAUCCGCCUCUUCCUGUUCGUCGGUCAUGACGCCACAGCCUCCACCAUCGUCUACAGCCUCUACCUCAUGUCUAAGCACCCGGACAUCCUGGCCCGCGUCCGCGCUGAACACGACGCCGUCUUUGGCCCCGACCUCUCCACCACCGCCUCUCAGCUCUCCACUACCCCCGAACUAAUCAACCGUCUCCCCUACACCCUCGCUGUCAUCAAAGAGACUCUGCGCCUAUUCUCUCCCGCCUCCGGCAUGCGCGAAGGCCAACCGAACGUCAACCUGCGCUCCCACCGCCAGGGAACCCUCUUCCCCACCUCCAACCUCUACAUCUGGAUCAUCCACGGCGCCAUCCACCGCAACCCCGACUACUGGCCCUCGCCGCACGAGUUCCUCCCUGACCGCUGGCUCGUCGGCCCCGAGGAUCCGCUUUACCCGGCGCGCGGGGCGUGGCGGCCCUUCGAGCACGGUCUGCGCGACUGCGUGGGGCAGAAUCUCGCUCUGCUGGAUAUUAAGAUCACGUUGGCGUUGACGGUGAGGGCGUUUAAUUUCACAGAUCAGUAUGAGCAGUGGGAUCGGAUUCAUCCGCUUCCUGGAAAUGGUGUAAGGACGGUGUUUGGGGAGCGCGCUUAUCAGAUUCCACUGGGGGGCGCGCAUCCGGCGGAUGGGUUGCCUUGUAAGGUUAGGGUUAGGGAGGUGUAGUUAUGUUAUGU